AUGCUUUCCUUACUUGAAGUACUUUGCUCACUUGAGGUGCUUUCCUCACUUGAGGUGCUUUCCUUACUUGAGGUAUUUUGCUUACUUGAGGUGCUUUCCUCACUUGAGAUGCUUUCCUCACUUAAGGUGCUUUGUUUACUUGAGGUGCUUUGCUCACUUGAGAUGCUUUGCCUACUCGAGGUGCUUUGCUUACUUGAUAUGCUUUCCUUACUUGAGGUGCUUUGCUUACUUGAGGUACUUUGCUUACUUGGGGUGCUUUCCUCACUUGAGGUGCUUUCCUUACUUGAGGUGCUUUACUUACUUGAGGUACUUUCCUCACUUGAGGUGCUUAGUUUACUUGAGGUGCUUUGCUUACUUGAGGUGCUUUCCCUACUUGAGAUGCUUGUCUUACUUGAGGUACUUUCCUCACUUGAGGUGCUUAGCUUACUUGAGGUGCUUUCCUCACUUGAGGUGCCUUCCCUACUUGAGAUGCUUGUCUUACUUGAGCUGCUUGAGUUACUUGAGACGCUUGACUUCCUUGUGAUGCUUGUCUUACUUGAGGUGCUUAACUUACUUGAGAUUUUUGUCUUACUUGAGAUGCUUGUCUUACUUGUGAUGCUUGUCUUACUUGUGAUGCUUGACUUACCUGAGAUGCUUGACUUACCUGAGAUGCUUGACUUACUUGAGGUGCUUGUCUCACUUGAGAUACUUGUGUUACUUGAGGUGCUUGUCUUACUUGAGAUGCUUCCCUAUGUAGUGAAACAGGUUGGAUGGCUGGCAAGCAAGGAAUGUGCUGUUUCUGCACUGAAAAGAAAUCUGGCUACUGUGGUACUGCAUGUUGAACAUCGCCACACUGAGGGAACAAGGGCAGAAGAUUCAAAUCGAGCAAAAGGCUACCACAUAGAGAUCACAUCAGUCAGCUUCAUCAAGAUGUUGUGCUUUGCUUACUUGAGAUGGCUUUGCUUACUUGGGGUGCUUUGCUUACUAGAGCUGUUUUGCUUACUUGAGGUGCUUUGCUUACUUGAGAUGCUUUCCUUAUUUGAGUUGCUUGACGUACUGGAGGCGCUUUGCUUACUCGAGGUGCUUUGCUUAUUUGACAUGCUUUGCAUACUUGAGGUGCUUUGCUUACUCGAGAUGCUUUGCUUACUCAAGGUGCUUUGCUUACUUGAGAUGCUUUCCUCACUUGAGUUGCUUUCUUUUCCUGAGGCACUUUGCUUACUUGAGCUGCUUUCCUCACUUGAGGUGCUUUCCUCACUUAAGGUGCUUUGCUUGCUUGAGAUGCUUUGCCUACUUGAGGUGCUUUGCUUACUUGAUAUGCUUUCCUUACUUGAAGUACUUUGCUCACUUGAGGUGCUUUCCUCACUUGAGGUGCUUUCCUUACUUGAGGUAUUUUGCUUACUUGAGGUGCUUUCCUCACUUGAGAUGCUUUCCUCACUUAAGGUGCUUUGUUUACUUGAGGUGCUUUGCUCACUUGAGAUGCUUUGCCUACUCGAGGUGCUUUGCUUACUUGAUAUGCUUUCCUUACUUGAGGUGCUUUGCUUACUUGAGGUACUUUGCUUACUUGGGGUGCUUUCCUCACUUGAGGUGCUUUCCUUACUUGAGGUGCUUUACUUACUUGAGGUACUUUCCUCACUUGAGGUGCUUAGUUUACUUGAGGUGCUUUGCUUACUUGAGGUGCUUUCCCUACUUGAGAUGCUUGUCUUACUUGAGGUACUUUCCUCACUUGAGGUGCUUAGCUUACUUGAGGUGCUUUCCUCACUUGAGGUGCCUUCCCUACUUGAGAUGCUUGUCUUACUUGAGCUGCUUGAGUUACUUGAGACGCUUGACUUCCUUGUGAUGCUUGUCUUACUUGAGGUGCUUAACUUACUUGAGAUUUUUGUCUUACUUGAGAUGCUUGUCUUACUUGUGAUGCUUGUCUUACUUGUGAUGCUUGACUUACCUGAGAUGCUUGACUUACCUGAGAUGCUUGACUUACUUGAGGUGCUUGUCUCACUUGAGAUACUUGUGUUACUUGAGGUGCUUGUCUUACUUGAGAUGCUUCCCUAACCUGAGAUGCUUGACUUACGUUAGGCGCUUGUGCAAAGCCCCAGAACACUUUGAAAUCCAUCAUCAGUCAAAAAACCGAACAACAUGUGUAACUUCUCGCUAUCAGGAGUUUUCGGCUUUUUGAGAAAGUGGAGGAAAUUUUUAAUGGCAUUCUGGUAAAGGAAGAUGACUGAAAAUCCCCAGUAUUAUUAAAACGAUAGGCGCACAUAAAAAAAAAUGGUUUAUAAAACAAUGCUGCUCUACGAAAAAAUUAAUAACGAGAAAUCAAGAGGUGUUUUGUUGUAUUUAACAAAUUCAGAAGCUUUUCUUGAAGAACUUUGUAGUUUAAUGAUGCAUCUCAAGUAAGCAAGCAUCUCAAGUAGGCAAAGUACCUCAAGUAAGCAAAGCGCCUGAAGUAAUCAAAGCACCUCAAGUAAGCAAAGCAUC